GAGAUAUUGGGUUUAGGCACCAGGAAGUCAGCCCUACAGCGCCCGGCACAGCACUGACCUAAAAAGAGUUACUUGGGGCAGAAGGGAAUGAAGCAGGGAGAGGGGAAUGGACCUGCAAGUCUGAGGUGAAACACAUAAGCUCUGCUCCAAGGAUAGGGCAGCAAAGGUGCUGCCAUGGCUAAUGGCAGCGAAUUCCAGGAGAGGAUCCCUUAUGAGGACUUGGAGGAGGAUAUGAAGUUUAUCGGCAACGGUGGCUUUGGCACUGUCUACUUGGCCAAUCACAAGCGGUGGCACAUCCGAGUCGCCAUCAAGGAGAUGAGGCAGUAUUCCCCCUACAGCCACGAGGAGCUCCUGGCUGAAGCCCGGGCCAUGGACAGAGCUCGUUUCCUGUAUGUCCUCCGCCUCUUUGGUCUCUGUGAGCUGAAGACGCAGGCCAGCAGGGACCCCAAUUCACAGUUCGGGAUUGUCAUGGAGUACAUGGAGAAUGGCAGCCUGGCCAGACUACAGGAGGAGAUCCAGCAUGUGCCCUGGGCCCUGCGCUUCCAAUUCCUCCAUCAGGUAGCACUGGGCAUGAACUACCUGCAUGGCCUCAAACCACCCCUGCUCCACCUGGACCUCAAGCCCAGCAAUGUCCUCCUUGAUGAAAACCUCAGUGUCCGGCUGGCAGAUUUUGGUUUGUCCAAGUUCAAGCAAGGGACUACCAAAUUGAAGGCAGCGAGGUCGGAGGAAGGAAGUGAUCAUGGAGGGACCCUGGAGUAUAUGCCGCCCGAAGCUCUGGAUGAUAUCAAUUACAAGCCAACCCAAGCCACAGAUAUAUACAGUUACGCCAUCCUCACCUGGUCUGUUUUAACUGGGGAAGAACCAUACCCAGAUGUCCAUCCUAAGUGGAAGAGCUUCCUUUUCCAGCUACGCAUUCCUGAAGGAGAAAGGCCUGACAUGACCAAGCUGGACACCAUCACUGGUGUGGCAGGCCUGGAGGACAUGAAGCAGUUAAUGAAGUCAUGCUGGGACCAGGAAUGCUCUCAGAGACCCACCUUUCAAGACUGCAGUGACAAAACAAAGAAAAUCUUCUCCUACCACAAUGCCCACAUCACACAAGCUGUCCGCAUGGUCCAGGACAUGCUGAAAAAGCCAGGGUCCCCCACCCUGAACCCUGGAUGUCCUGCCCCGGCUGCCAGCUAUUCUGGGAAGGAUUACCAAACUUCUGAAAGUGUUGGUGCUGCUUCUGCUCCUGAAAGCUCAGGCCUCCAUGACUCUCUGCUGCCUGCAGCCUCCCUUGGGAUCUCCGAGAAAUUCCAGAGCCUUCACUUUGAGGAACUACCAUCCAGAGAAAAUGAGGCAAUACCGCCAGGCUUUGAGGAAGAAAGAAUGCUAAAGAGAGGACAGAGCGGGUGUGCUAUCCUAUCACAGGAAACUGAAGAACUAAAUAAUGGAGGUUUGGACAGCCAGAGGAUAACUCACACUCAUAUGAAGCCUCCAGAUUAUCCAGGAAGGCCUCUCUCCAACCCCAACCUGCCACAAAUGCAACUCCCCACCCAGUGGCCAUGUUACUACCCAGGGGUUGUGUGCUCUAACAGUUACCAGCUGCCAGUUUAUUCAGGAAAUCCCAUUUUCUUCUCUGGCAACAACACAGGCAUCCAAAUUGGAAACGACAACUUCAUGAAAAUAACGAAAAAGCUAAAGAAAAAUCCCAAGAAGAAGUGAUGGAGGCUACAGCAAUCUUCCCUUGGGUGGGUCAACCUGUUGAUCUCCCAAAGCCCCCUUCAUUAGUUUGCAUACUUCUCAUCUUGGCAUAUCUAACAGCCAGCCCCCUUGAACCCCCAAAGGCCCUAUUUUUGGUACAAAGAGCUCUCCCUUGGGAGAGUACCAUACUCCCAGCUAGCCCCCCGACCUGCCCCUCUACUGCUUCAAGGGGUAAAAAAACCAGCAUUGGGGGAUGGUGCUUUUGUGCUAAAUGGAAUGGUUUUGUAAUACCAACAUGGAAUCAGCGAUGUGAAUACAUGAGACAAGCUUUGUAAUGAGA